UACUCCUCUUGUCCUUCAAGGGCUGAUGAGGGCUCGACCCGAGUGGAAACUUUUACGAAACUGCUGCCGGGAAGUUUUUAAGGAGUACUGCUGCAAUUUCAGCAAUGAGCCGCCCUUUUACCAAGAACACAGUAAGGGAGCAAAAACAGAACAAUCUGUCUAAUAACAACAAGCUGAACAAUUCAUUUGAGGAGGAGGUUAAAGCAUUUUUGAUUGAUGAAAAACAACUUCACUUGUAUGAUGAUCUAACUAAAGUGAACCCUGUAACAACGGCAACAGUGUUGAAAUGUCUUCAGGCAAGAUAUUCAGCAGGUGUGUUCUACACAAAUGCCGGGUGCACUGUGGUUGCUGUUAAUCCCUUCCGGCCAGUUUGUAAACUGUAUAGUUCAGAGGUCAUGAAGGAGUAUCACGCAGCCUCUAAUCCUCAGGGGUGCAAGCCACACAUCUUCACUGUGGCAGAACAAGCAUACAAAAAUGUACAGAGCCAAAUACAACCAGUCAACCAAUCUAUUAUUGUUAGUGGAGAAAGUGGUGCUGGAAAGACUUGGACAUCUCGGUGUCUUAUGAAGUUCUAUGCCACUGUUUCUGCUUCAAGAUGCUACAUUACCAAUGAAAUGGUGGAAAGAAUUGAGAGCAGGGUCCUUGACUCUAAUCCGGUUAUGGAAGCAUUUGGAAAUGCUUGCACUUUGAGAAACCAUAACAGUAGCCGCUUCGGAAAAUAUAUCCAGCUUCAAUUAAACAGGACCCAGCAAAUUACUGGUGCAUCAAUCCAGACAUAUCUCUUAGAGAAGACUCGGGUUGCUCAUCAAGCACCUUUAGAAAGGAACUUCCACAUAUUCUAUCAGGUAGUUAAAGGUGCCAGUAGACAUGAAAGAGAAGAGUGGAAUUUACCAGAAAAAGCAAACUUUUCUUGGCUUCCAAAUUACGAAAAUAAUCUGGAGGAAGAUGACUUUGAAGUGACCAAAGAUGCCAUGUUACACCUAGGAAUUGAUCAAACAACCCAGAAUAAUAUCUUCAAGAUUUUGUCUGGCCUUCUGCAUCUAGGGAAUAUACAAUUUUCUGACUCUGUGGAUGAGAGCCAACCCUGUGAACCAUUAAAUUACACACAAGAAUUUGCCAGUGUUGCUGCCAGUUUGCUGAAGAUUCCUGUUAGCCACUUGCUGGAGAGGCUAAGCAUUCGCACAAUAACUGCUGGGAAACAGCAAGUAUUUAAGAAGCCAUGCAGGAAGUCAGAGUGUGACACAAGGAGGGACUGCUUGGCAAAAACUAUUUAUGCCAGGUUGUUUGAGUGGUUGGUAACUGUCAUAAACGAAAACAUUUGUGCAGAGGCCUACCGGUGGAACAAUUUUAUUGGUUUAUUGGACGUUUAUGGAUUUGAAUCCUUUCCAGAGAAUAACCUUGAACAGUUGUGUAUCAAUUAUGCCAACGAGAAACUUCAACAGCAUUUUGUCUCUCAUUACCUAAAGUCUCAGCAGGAUGAGUAUGCAGCAGAAGGACUGGAAUGGUCAUUUAUCAGCUACCAGGACAAUCAGAGCUGUGUUGAUCUUAUAGAAGGAAGUCCAAUUAGCAUUUUCUCCUUGUUAAAUGAGGAAUGCCGUCUGAACAGGUCUUCAGAUGCUGGACAGCUACAGUCUCGAUUAGAGAAAGCUCUUUCUCACAACAAGUCUAUUGGGAGGGACAAAUUUAGUAAAAAGCCUAAUUUUAUUGUAUCUCAUUAUGCUGGAAAAGUGCAAUAUCAGAUUGAAGACAUGGCUGAAAAAAACAAGGAUCCUGUUCCCCCUGAGCUCAUCCAACUUCUGCAGGAGUCUGAUGAUCAUCUGCUGCAAAUAUUAUUUCCUGUAGAGAACAAUAAACCUGUCUAUGGGGCUACUAACAACAGGGCGGUAGGCGUUACUGUAGUUUCUAAAUUUAAGGGAUCUCUUGAAAGCUUAAUGCAGAUUUUGCACAGCACCACUCCACACUAUAUCCGAUGCAUCAAGCCUAAUGUUGAUUGCCAAGCAUUGGUGUUCAGGCAGGAGGAGGUACUCAUGCAGCUGGAGGCGUGUGGAAUAGUUGAGACUAUAAAUAUAAGUGCAGCUGGCUUCCCUAUUAGGAUUUCCUUUGAAAGUUUUGUGGAACGCUAUUCAGUUAUUGCACCAAGGCAAAUACACAUGGAGAACAAUUUUAAUGACUGCUUAUUUUUAAAGAAGAAACCAGGAUUUGAGAAGACAGACCAAUUACCAUCAAAGUUGCAGACUAUUCUUCAUGCUGUAUUGUCUAAACUAUGUAAGGACUCAACCUUGAGCAACACUCUUGUGCACUGUGGUACUACCAAAGUGUUUCUUACUCAUUUAAUGGUAGAAUUGCUUGAAGAGAGAAGAUUGGAGGCGAUCUGCAGCAAAGCAGUUUGUAUUCAGUGCUGCUGGAGGAGGUACAGACAGCGAAAGCUGGCCAAGCAGAAUAGAGCUGCCACAACCAUACAAGCAGCUGUCAAAGGUUGGCUUACAAAGAAGUACAUUGAAAGAAUGCACAAUGCUGCAACAGUUAUAAAGAGAAUAUGGAAGAAAUGGAAAGAAAAGAUGGAGGCAUUAGCUGCUGCAGAGUUAGAUGACUCUAUAGAAGAUGUGGAAAGAACACUUCUUUCAUCUGUGCCUGCAUCACCAGUUAAAACUUUGGAAUCGCCCAAGACUAAUCUACAAGACAAGCUAUUGACUCACAGUGCAAUAUUAAAAUUUGGGACCCUGGGUCUUGUCCUAUACAAAGCACCAGCCAUCAGGAAAUAUAUUGUGGAGACUGAUGAGCUCAAAAGAAACCAAAAUAUCUUGAUGUGCUUAAAUGUAUUGCACCGAAACAAUAGAUAUAAAGUGACGGCUAAUUGUGAGGAGCCCGGUAUUACCUCAAUAAGAGCACGCCCUCAGGGAUCAAUAAGGUUCCAUUACAAGAGAUCUCCAUUGCAUUUUGCCAACAUAUGCCCAGGGAAGAUAAGCUGUGGGAUAAGUGGUUUCAAUGAGAUUUUAUUGGAAAAAACCAUAUGAGAGACUAAAAAAUGCCUCCUUAUGCAAUAUAUUAAAUGCACUUUCUACCUGUCAGAUACUUCUUACUUUAACCAUAUUUUACAGUAUUGAUCAAUGGUAAUAUACAUAGAGCAGAAACAACUUCAGGGGCCAAACUAAAACACUAGCUUUGUUAUCACGCCUUAAAAAAAAUUGGAUACAUUGUUUUGCAGUUUACUUUGUGGUUUAACUAUGCCAAGGGGAUUGUUAGUGAUUGUAAGUUACGCAAUGUAAUUUGUUUUUGAUCAAAUUCUUUUAGCACGGUGAGAGAGAUUGCACUGUUUAUUUAUUUUGUAUGCAUUGUAAAAUUCCUGUGUUCAAUGGUUUAAUAAUGGUAUUAAUAAUUACAUUACAUACAAAUUACAUUCCUAUAAGGGAUUUCCCCUUGGAAACUCUAAUCCUGUACACUGCCAGUGUUAAUGCUGUAUAUGUUGUUCUGUAUAUUUUCUUAAAAUACUUAUCCAUGUCAAUAUUUUAAGAAUAAA